AUGUUUUGGGUUGUGGGGGGGUUUGUGGUGUGGGGGGGGGGGGGGGGGGGGGGGGGGGGGGGGGUUGGUUUUUUUGGUGGGGGGGGGUGUUUAGGUUUUGUGGUGUUUUUUGAGGAUGUGGGGGUUGUUGGGUUGGGGGGUUUUUGGGGGGGGGGGUGGGGUUGUGGUUGUGGUUGGGGGGUGGUGUUGUGUGGGGGUUUGUGGGUGUGUGUUUUAUUUGGGGGUUUUGGUUGUUAUGAUUUGGGGGUUGUGGUUUUUUGGGGUUGUGGGAGGAUGGGGUUUGGUGUGUAUUUGUAUUAUUUUGGGUGGGUUUUGGUGUUGGUGUUUGGGGGGGGUGUUGGUUGGUUGUUUUGUGUUGUUUGUUGUUGGUUUGGGGGUUGGUUUGUGUUUGUUGGUGGUGUGGGGUUGUUUUGUGGUUUGGGUGUUUUUUGGGGGGUUGGGUUGGGUUUGGGGGUGGGGGGUGUUGGUUGUUUUGGUUGGGGGGUUUUUGGUGGGUGUAGUUUUGGGUUUGUUAUUAAUGAUGUGUUGUGUGGUGGUUUUUGGUGUGGGUUGGUAUUUGGUUUGGGGUUGUUGGGGUUUUGGUGGGUGGUGUUUUGUGUUGUGUGGGUUAUUGGGGUGGUUUGUGUGGGGUGUUGGGGGUGUGUGGUUGUGGUGGGGUGGUGUGGGGGUGGGUGUGUGUUUGGGUUUGUUUUGUUUUGUUGGUGUUGUGGGUGGGUGGGGGUUUUGGUUUUGGUGUUUGGUGUUUGGGUUUGGGGUUUGGGUUGGUUGGGUUGUGGGUGGGUGUGUUUGGUGGGUGUGGGGGGGGUGUUUGUGUGGGGGUUGUUGGUUUUGGGUGUGGAGUUUGGGGGGGGGGGUGGGUGGUUUUGGUGUAUUGGUGUUUUUGGUGUUGGGGGGGGUGUUAUUUUGUGGGGGUUUGGGGUGGGGUGGUGUUUUGUGGGUUUUUGUUGGGGGGUGGGGUGUGGGGUGUUUGGUGGGGGGGGGUGGGUGGGGUGGGUGUUGGUGUUGUUGUGGUUUGGGUUGUGUUGGGUUUGGUGGGGGGGUUUGGGGGGGGGGGUGGUGGGGGGGGGGGGUGGGUUGGGUGUGGGGUGUGGGGGGUGGUGUGGGUGGUUGGGUGUGGUUGUGGUUGGUUGGGGGGGUGUGGGUUUUGUUGUGUGUGGGGGUAUUGAGGUUGUUUUGGGGGUUGUUUGGUGGGGUUUGGGGUUGGGGUGUGUGGUGUUUUUUGGUUGUUGGUGGGGUGGUGGGGUUGUUUGUGUUGUUGAUGGGGGUUUUGUGUGGUGGUGUUGUUGGGGGGGGGGGGGGGUUUUUGGGGUUGGUGUUGGUGGUGUGGGUGGUUGUUGGGUGGUGUGGGGGGGGGGUGGGGGGGAGGUGGUGGGUUGUGGGGGGUUUUGGUGGUGGGGGGUGGUGGUGGGGUGGGGUGGUGUGUUGGGUUGGGGUUUGGGUGUUGGGUUGGUGGUUGGGGGGGGGGGGGUUGGGUGUGGUGGGGGUGGUGUGUGGGGGGGGUGUUGGUUGGGGUGGUGUGGGUGUUUGUUUGUGUUGUGUUGUUUAGGGGGGGGUGUGGGGGUUUUUUGGGUGUGGGUUGUGGGUGGUUUGGGGUGGUGUGUGUGGGUGGGUGGGGGGGUUUAUUUGGGGGGUGUGGUGGGGUGGGGGGGGGUGGGGGGGGGGGUUGGUGGUGGGGGGGGGUGUGUUGGGUUGUGUUUGUGGUUGUGGUUGGUGGGUGGGGUUUGUGGGGGGGGGUUUGGUUUUGGGGUUUUUUUGGUUGGUUUUUUGGUGGGUUUGGGGGGGUUGGUUGGUUUGGUGUUGUGGUUUGGUUGGUUUUUGUUGUUUUGGGGGUUUGGGGGUGGGGUGUUGGGGGUGGGAGUGUGUGUGGGGGUUGUUAUUGGUUGUUUGUUUGGUAUAGGAGGGGAGGGUGGAAAUUUUUGGGGGGGAGGGGGUGGUUGGGUGGAUAUUGUGGGGUGUUGGGUGAGAGGGAAGGGAUUUUGGUUUUGGGGUUUUGGUGGAGGGGGGGGUGAUUGGGAAGGAUGGGUUGGUGUGGGGGGGGAGGGGUUGAGGGGGAUUUGGUUGUGUGAGUUGGGGGUUUUAUAUGAGGUGGAUAAGAUAGGUAGUUUUAUGUUUUUGUGUAUGUGGGUUGGGGGGGGAUUUUUGGGGGGGGAUGGUUUAUUGGUGGUGGUUUUGAGGGAGGGUUGGUGUUUUGUUGUGUGGGGGGUGGGUUUGUGGGUGUUGGUUUGGGUGUGGGGGUGUUUUUUAGGGUAG